CUCUCUGGAGUACAUUUCUUUCUUCAACUUAUAAAGCACCAUCAAUUUAUAAGCAAUAAAUUUCCCGGUUCCGCAUCAUUACCAUUAUUUUGAACCUAACUCUUUUCAAUUCGCUUUUCAGAUUGUUAAGCUCGCUUCCGGAGGUAAUGUUUUGGGAAUUUCUAAUUUGACAUCAGCUGUUUGAUGAAUUGCCUCAAAGAAUAGUGUAACACAUAAUUAUGUGUUGUAUGGUUUGUUUUCGAAGAUAUGGAGUCUUUAUUGAGACCCAAGUGGCAGAAUGUUGGUAUCUUGAAUCCGAGGCAAUUUUUAUUAGGUCAUUAUUCUACAUUUCCGCCAACACCAACAUCAAGUGAUCUUGAAAAGUUGUGUUAUGUUGUUUCUCAUGGGAUUGGCAGUCUAAACGACUUAGAAGCAAGUCUUAAUGAAGUCAAGGUUUCUUGCUGCUCGUCAAUCAUUACCCAAGUGCUUGAUUCCAGCAAGAGAGAGGCACCUAGUAGACGAUUGCUUAGAUUUUUUUUAUGGUCAGAAAAACAAUUGGAUGUUAGAUUGGAAGACAAAGAUUACAAUCAUGCUAUCAGGGUGUUUGCUGAGAAGAAGGAUUUUGUAGCAUUAGACAUGUUGAUCUCGAAUCUUGGUAGGGAAAAUAGGGUGAUGGAGAGCUCAACAUUUAGUAUUGUAGCCGAAACAUUGGUUAAACUAGGAAGAGUAGAUGAAGCAUUGGGGAUAUUCAAGAACUUAGACAAGUUAAUGUGCCAACAAGAUAGUACUACGGUUACUGCUAUUGUUGCUGCUCUAUGUUCAAAAGGGCAUGUCAAAAGGGCAGAGGGAGUCGUUUAUCACCACAAAGAUAAGAUCUCGAAUGUGAAACUUUUCAUUUACAGAAAUUUACUUCACGGUUGGUCUGUGCAGGAGAAUGUCAAAGAGUCAAGACGAAUCAUCAAGGACAUGAAAGGUGCAGGAAUCACUCCAGAUCUUUUCUGCUACAACACAUUUCUCAAAUGUCUUUGCAAGAAAAACUUAAAGUCUAAUCCUUCUGGCCUUGUUCCUGAAGCAUUGAAUGUGAUGAUUGAAAUGAGAACUUAUGGAAUUGCACCAACCACUAUAAGUUACAAUAUAUUGCUAUCUUGUUUGGGUAGGACUAGAAGAGUUAAAGAAUCUCUUCAGAUUCUCAACACAAUGAAGAAAACAGGAUGUUCUCCUGAUUGGGCAAGCUAUUAUCUUGUGGCACGAGUUUUGUAUCUAACAGGUAGAUUUGGGAAAGGUAAGCAAAUGGUUGAUCAGAUGAUUGAAGAAGGUUUGGUUCCUGAACGGAAAUUCUACUAUGAUUUAAUUGGUAUUCUUUGUGGGGUUGAGAGGGUAAAUUACGCCCUUGAGUUGUUUGAGCUGAUGAAGAAGAGCUCAUUAGGUGGGUAUGAGAAGGUUUAUGAUUUGCUGAUACCAAAGCUCUGUGGAAGCAGUGAAUUUGAAAAGGGCAGGGAGCUUUGGGAUGAGGCAAGAGCCAUGGGUCUGACCCUUGAGUGUUCUAGUGAUGUGUUGAACCCUCUGAUCACCAAGGUAUUUAAACCAACCCAGAAGGUGGAAAAGGAAGUCGCCAUUGUAGAAUCCCCCAAUAGAAAAACUGGAGGAAAGAUGAAGCCAAUUGCGAACCUGAAGAAGGGUAAGAAGUUAUUUUUCCCCAAAAAGAAAGGCAAGAAGAUGAUGGUCCAUAAGAGGAAAAAGAGUAAAGCUUCGGCUUGAUUGCUGGGCGUUCAUGGGUGCCAUCACUGAUGCUUUAGCAGGUAGAGCUUCUGAUAGCGGCAUCCUCCGUGGAGCUGGACUGGGU